CGAUUUAUUACCAGAAACAACUAGUUUGUUUAUGGAACCAGGUGCACCGCAGUUUUUCCAAAACUCUCCAAAAGUUAAAUUGACUGACGCUCUAAAAAAUUAUUCAACAAUAAUUAAAUCAACAUGAACAACGACGUUGUUACUGCUGUUGAAAAACUCGAUAUUAAAAAAAAUGAUAAGGCCAAGAUGAAGGGUAAAGAUAAAAAAGGAGCUGUUGAUAAAAAUGCAGUUGCUGAAAUGAAACCAUGGCCUGCAUUUAUUCAGGAAAGAAUUGCACUCUGGGAUAAAUUGAAAGCUGAGUAUGAUGCAACUGUUGCAGCAAAAGUGCCAGAAGAUAUAACAGUAACUUUACCAGAUGGAAAAGAAAUUCCAGCUCAAUCAUGGCGUUCAACACCAUAUGAUAUUGCAAAAGGAAUUAGUCAAGGUCUUGCUGAUAAUACAAUUGUUGCUAAAGUAAAUAAUGAAUUAUGGGAUCUUGAUCGUCCACUUGAAACAAAUUGUAAACUUGAAUUAAUGAAAUUUGAUAGUCAUGAUGGUCAACAAGUAUUUUGGCAUUCAAGUGCUCAUAUACUUGGUGAAGCAAUGGAACGUGUUUAUGGUGGUUGUUUAUGUUAUGGACCACCAAUUGAUAAUGGUUUUUAUUAUGAUAUGUUUGUUGGUGGUGAACGUGGUAUUGGACAAACUGAUUUUCCAUGUCUUGAAACAUUAUAUAAAACAAUUGUCAAAGAAAAACAACCAUUUGAACGUUUAGAAAUGAAAAAAGAUGAUUUAUUAGAAAUGUUUAAAUAUAAUGAAUUUAAAAUACGUAUAUUAAAUGAAAAAGUACAUACACCAACAACAACUGUUUAUCGUUGUGGACCACUUAUUGAUUUAUGUCGUGGUCCACAUAUACGUCAUACUGGUAAAGUUAAAGCAAUUAAAGUUACAAAAAGUUCAUCAACAUAUUGGGAAGGUAAAGCUGAUGCUGAAAGUUUACAACGUAUUUAUGGAAUUAGUUUUCCUGAUACAAAACAGCUAAAAGAAUGGGAAAAAUUCCAAGAAGAAGCUGCUAAACGUGAUCAUAGAAAAAUUGGACGUGAACAAGAAUUAUUUUUCUUUCAUGAAUUAUCACCUGGUUCAUGUUUUUUCCAACCACGUGGUGCACAUAUUUAUAAUACACUUAUUGAAUUUAUACGUGAUGAAUAUAAAAAACGUGGUUUUCAAGAAGUUGUUACACCAAAUAUAUAUAAUAGUAAAUUAUGGCAAACAUCUGGACAUUGGCAACAUUAUGCUGAUAAUAUGUUUUCAUUUGAUGUUGAAAAAGAAAAAUUUGCAUUAAAACCAAUGAAUUGUCCUGGUCAUUGUAUGAUAUUUGAUAAUCGUAUACGUUCAUGGAGAGAAUUACCAUUGAGAAUGGCUGAUUUUGGUGUUUUACAUCGUAAUGAAUUAUCUGGUGCAUUAACUGGUUUAACAAGAGUAAGAAGAUUUCAACAAGAUGAUGCACAUAUAUUUUGUUCACCUGAACAUAUUAAAAGUGAAAUGAUUGGUGCGUUGGAAUUUUUAAGACAUGUUUAUACUGUAUUUGGUUUUACAUUUAAUCUAUGUUUAUCAACAAGACCAGAAAAAUAUCUUGGUGAUAUUGAAGUAUGGAAUCAAGCUGAAAAAGCACUUGAAGAUAGUUUAAAUGCAUUUGGUGAACCAUGGUCAAUAAAUCCACAGGAUGGUGCAUUUUAUGGACCAAAAAUUGAUAUUACAAUAAUGGAUGCAUUAAAAAGAGCACAUCAAUGUGCAACAAUACAACUUGAUUUUCAAUUACCAAUUAGAUUUGAUUUAUCAUAUAUUAAUGAACAAGGUGAAAAAUCAAGACCAGUUAUUAUUCAUCGUGCUAUACUUGGUUCAGUUGAACGUAUGAUUGCAAUAUUAACUGAAUCAUAUGCUGGUAAAUGGCCAUUUUGGUUAUCACCAAGACAAGUUAUGGUUAUACCAGUUGGUCCAUCACUUGAUGAUUAUGCAUCUCAAGUUAAAGAUACAUUAUGGAAUUCUGGUUUUAUGGCUGAAGUUGAUAUUGAUCAUAGUGAUACAUUAAAUAAAAAAAUACGUAAUGCACAACUUGCACAAUUUAAUUUUAUUCUUGUUGUUGGAGAAAAAGAAAAAAGUGCUGGUACUGUUAAUGUACGUACAAGAGAUAAUAUUGUUCAUGGUGAACAUCCUACUGAUCAACUUGUUGAAAAAUUCAAAAAAUUCCAGACUACAAAAGAUCGUAAUUGUGAAGAAAAUUUUUAAUUUCUUUUGACUUUAAUUAUUUAAAAAAUUCAUUGCAUUUCUAGGUAAUUUAUUUAUUUACCAUGCAUUUUUUUUUUUUUAUUUUUUUUUUUUCGACACCUAUAAAGCUUGAUUAAAUAUUUUUGCAAUUUGUAAACAAUAUUUCUAUAUAAAAUGUACCAAUCAUUUGAUUUUCAAUAAAAAAAAAAAAUUACUAAAAAUAAACA